GUUAGCAAAGUGUUUCUCACAAAGAUUUUCGAUUAUGCAUUUUCUCAUAAUGUCCUAGAACUAACGCUUUCGUGCGUGUUUAAGGGGAAAUUUAAAUUCCCUCUUGGUCUCUUUCGUUCGCAGUCUCUUAAAUAUCUUAGGUUGACUGGACCUACCUGUGAAUAUUCCAGUGCUAGUUGUCUUCAGUAUUCCAGUCUUCUUGAGUCAAAUUGGGAAUCAACUUGGGAUCUCCCUGCUUUAACAACAUUACAUCUUGAUAUGGUCAAAUUAUAUGAUGAUGAUACUCGUCUCUUUUCCAUGUGUCCAAACUUGAAGAAUCUCAUCUUAAUUCACUUCAGGAAGAAAGACUCGGAUAAGUAUCAGUCAUCCUCAGAUUUCGAGUCUCACUCUUGAAAACGGACGUGAAAAUGUUGAUGUGGUUGCACCUCAACUCAAACAUCUUCGUAUUAGAAAAUCCUUUGGGCAACAUCGGAUUUCUGCCCCUAAUCUCGUGUCCUUGUUCUAUAAAAGUUAUAAACUUUUGCAGUUCUCUAAUGAUGAUAUGAAUUCUUUGGAGAAAGUAUAUUUCUGUAUUACCCAAUCGGAAUCGUAUUUUACUGAUGAAUAUGUUGGUCUCCUUCAGCGCUUCUACAAUGUCAAAUUUCUGACCCUUAACUCGGAACUUGUCGAGUCGCUUUCUUUAAACUUGAAAUCAGUAUCACUUAAAUUUUCACCAUUUGCAAACUUAAGGAGUAUAAAGAUCUACCCGGCAAAAGUAUCCGAGAAGGCUGAAGAAGGAGAAAAACCAUUGACCAUAGCUAGUGAACUAAAAAGCUAUUUGCUUGAUAGUUCUCCAAGUGCUACCUUCACAAUAGUCUCACGUGAGGAGGUUAGAGGUUAUAGGAAUGCUGUUUCAGCUCAAAAUCUUAUGGAAAAGUUAUGGGCUAUGCUAGAGAAGGAGAAAGCUAAUAGUGAGACGAAUAUGACUCAGUUGGAUCACAAGAAGGAAACAAUGGAGAGCCACGAGGAAGAGAAUCAUGAGCACGGGAAUGCACAAGUUGACGAUCAGAGGGCACCAGUGGAGAAGUUGCAAAUGCACAUUCAGGGAAAGAUGGCAAAUAUCAAGAGCUGUUGGGAAGAUCUUGGUGUGCAAAUUGAUCAAGGAAGAAAAAAGGCUUGUCACAUCAUCUCUAAGUUGCGAGACAUUGAAGUGUUAUUAUUAUCAGAGCUGCCUGCAUCUAAGAGGGAUAAGUUACAAGCAUGUUUCUCCAUUCUAUGUGCAGAGGUUGACAUUGCUGUGAAGAAAAUAAUGGAUGGUAUGAAAAGCCAAUGUGACAUUGUGAAAUCCAUUUAAGCGAUUGCUUUUAUGAGCCCGAAACAACUUCAUUGCCGUUUUCUUAGCAAAUCGAAUUUUUUAAGCAUGUCUUCUGAUUUGAUAUCAGAUUAUUUAAAACAUAUCCACAUGGUACUUAUGCACUCCCCUUUAAUUUUAAGGAUAUGUAUUUGUUAUUACCCAGAAUUGAGAUGUACUUAUGCAGCUAGGUAUGUUUGGGGCAUUAGCCCAUUGAGAGAUGAUUUGCUAUAUAAACUUAACUUCCCAUCCC